AUGGUUCAGAUUUCAGCGCCAUUGUGGGGCCCUGUGGUGGUGACACGUGUCGCUCUCUUUGUCUUCCACGUGUCCAAUGCUCUCGCCCUCAUCAACGCUGCUCCGAUUUUCUUCCUUGAUGGAGAGGCCGUUCUCUCAGACUUCCUCCGCCUGGUUCUCCCUUUUCCCUCGCAUCCUCUCUCCUCCCAUCAUCUGCACCUCCGUCACCAACAGCAAAUCAUUCGCCACCAUCGUAUCCUCACGAGUGUCCUUUAUGGGGGCUCUUUCCUACUUUUCGUCUCCCUGGCUUCAUCUAUAAUGUUUUCUCAUACAUGA